UUGGAGGGUCGAUUCCUUUGGAAACAAAAGCUCCCUCUCUCUCUCUCUCUAAACUACACUUUAGAAACGAGAAUUCACGGGACAUCCCUGAAAUCUCCACUUGGAAUUCAUCUUCUUCCUGCCAAACAGCCUACUUUACAUCUUUACCUUACGAUAUACCAAAGCCAAUUCACAAACAUCUCUCCCUUUUCUGCACAUAUCUCCAAUUUUCAUCUCAUCAAUUCCUCCUCAUCAUGCAGAUUUCUCCAUAAAAUCUGAAAUCUUUCCUCAUCUUAAUACUUUUUUUUUUUUUUGAUGAACAAAAACUUGAUUUGAUAAAUGAAACACCACAAAAUCUUUCCUGCAUCAUCACCACCCACUCGACCUCAUGUUUCUGAAUCAGUUCAUGCACUUCUUGAAAUCAAUGCACACAUUCAGAAGGAAAACAACACCUCCACCUCGUGAUAUUCAAGAAUUUUAGUUGUUUUUUUCAUUUGUUUCUGAAGAAAUAAAAAAGAGAGAGAGAGAAAUUAAUGGCUGCGGCGUGUUUCAAUCCGUUUCGGCUGCGAAGAAGCAGGAGCAAGUCGCUAUCAAUACCUUCAACCUCAAGAAGCCAGCUGAGAAUCGAAUCGGACAACAUGGAGAGGAAGAGAUUCGACAGCUUGGAAUCGUGGUCGAUGAUUCUGGAGUCGGAGAAUGUGGAGACGUGGGAGGCGAGCAACGAGGAUCGGGAGGAGUGGACGGCGGAUCUGUCGCAGCUCUUCAUAGGGAACAAGUUUGCCUCUGGGGCCCACAGCAGAAUCUACCGAGGAAUCUACAAGCAGAGGCAGUGGUCUGUUAAGAGGGUCAGGAUUCCCACCCAUGAGGAAACCAGAGCUCUGUCGAGCGCAGUUUCAAGAGGCGAGGUUGCCCUUCUCCCCCGUCUCUAUCAUCCCAACAUCGGUCAGUUUAUUGCUGCGUGUAAGAAGCCGCCGGUAUACUGCAUCAUCACAGAAUACAUGUCACAAGGGACUCUGAGGAUGUAUCUGAACAAGAAGGAGCCUUACUCCCUCUCUGUGGAGACCAUUCUGAGAUUAGCCCUCGACAUCUCAAGAGGCAUGGAGUAUCUCCACUCACAAGGCGUCAUCCACCGAGACCUCAAGUCCAACAACUUGCUCCUCAACGACGAGAUGCGCGUCAAGGUUGCUGACUUCGGGACCUCGUGCUUGGAGACGCAGUGCCGGGAGGCCAAGGGCAACAUGGGCACCUACCGUUGGAUGGCCCCGGAGAUGAUCAAGGAGAAGCCUUACACGCGCAAGGUCGAUGUAUAUAGUUUUGGUAUUGUGCUCUGGGAGCUCACAACCGCUCUCCUCCCCUUCCAGGGGAUGACUCCCGUGCAGGCUGCUUUCGCUGUCGCUGAGAAGAACGAGAGGCCGCCUUUGCCGGCAAGCUGCCAGCCAGCAAUCGGGCACCUGAUCAAGCGAUGUUGGGCGGCCAACCCGUCGAAGCGCCCCGAUUUCAGUGAGAUCGUGUCAGCCUUGGACAAGUACGACGAAUGUGUGAAGGAGGGGCUGCCCCUGACGCUUCACUCGGGUUUAGUUAGCAAAAACGCCAUCAUCGAGCGCUUGAAAGGAUGCGUAUCCAUGAAUUCCUCCGUACCUGUACAUGCCUGAGUGCACAUCUUGUAUUCAAAGUUGAUACAGAUUUGUUAUUCUCUCUCAUAUGUAUAUACCUACUAUAGCGCUUACACUCAUCAAAGUUCACCUCAGCUCACUGUUUAACUUAUCACAAUUAAGAGCUUGUGGCAUGAAUAAUUUUCAUGUUGCAUUACUAAUUUAUUGAUGUUGUAGUUUGUUA